GAUGGCCUUUCUCUAACACAGUGUGCAAGAUGAGUGGAUUUGUGCAGGGCGUGUCUGUGUCAGCGUCAGUCUUCACCCUGGUGGCCAUCGCUGUUGAAAGGUUUCGCUGUAUUGUUUACCCUCUACAACCGAAGCUGACUCUGCUUGUUGCCAAGGUAGCCAUUGUGACCAUCUGGGUGUUGGCUGUGGCAAUCAUGUGUCCUGCUGCAGUAGCACUAACUGUGGAGAAAGUGCCCUUUCAUUACAUGGUGUACAAUGAUGACUUCAACCACACGCUGCCCCUGUACACCUGCUACGAAAACUUUGCCAACCCUCAGAUGAGGAAGGUCUACACUGCUGUUCUGUUCGCCCACGUCUACCUGAUCCCCCUCACUGUAAUCACACUGAUGUACGUGAGCAUUGGAGUCAAACUGUGUUCUUCUGCAGUCGUGAACAGAGAACCACAACUGGCCCACGCCACAAUCCAGGCAGGAGGCCGGAGACACGGUCAGCCAGUGAUUUCACAGAAGAAGGUCAAGGUGAUUAAAAUGCUCAUUGUGGUGGCUCUGCUCUUCAUGCUGUCCUGGCUGCCACUUUGGACCCUCAUGAUGAUGGCAGAUUACGGUGGCUUGGACAGGGAGCAGCUGGACCUUAUGACCAGCUACAUCUUCCCCUUCGCCCACUGGCUGGCGUUCUCCAACUCCAGCGUGAACCCCAUCGUCUACGGCUACUACAACAAGAACUUCAAGAGGGGCUUCCAGGCGGUGUGCAAAACAAAGCCCUUCUGCUGCAGAAUGCCCAGGUGGGGAAGGAGAGGAAGGUCCCUGCAAAUACCUUGCCAAGGUACUGAAUUAAGAGAUGGCACCAACAACCAUGGCAACUUUGUGCUGGGGCUGAGAAAUCGGGUUCAUAAUGACAACAAGUUGAGUGAAACACCAGAGGAGAACAGGAGCUCAAGGGUGGGCUGUGUGGUGGUCCACAAAGGCAGAAGUCUUUCUGAUCAAGGCUUAGAAAUGGUAGCUAUACAUAAGAAAAGCAGCAACGAGGAAGUUUCAGAAAAGGUUAGCUCACUAGCAGUUUCAGUGUAUCAGGCAUGGGAUAACUGA